AAUGUGUUUAGCGAAUCGGUGAUUCCAUGGAUUUUCAUUCGUCCUGAGUCGUAGUUGGACGUCUUGUUUGGUUUCAUUGUUUACUGUUUGAAGUAAAUAAGAUUGAUAUCUUAGUUAAAAUACUGAUUAUUUGUAUUCUUGAAGCCACUGAACAUGUUACGACAAUUUUUGUUAGCGUUGUGCAUUGUGUUUAGUGUCGAUGGCGAUUUUAUAAGAGUUCCUCUAGAAAGAUUCACAUCUGUGAGAAGAACGCUUCAUGAUGUAGGAACUGAUGUAAACAGAGUUACAUUGCGGUACAGUUAUAAAGGAGUUAGUGGACCAACUCCUGAACCAUUGUCAAAUUACUUAGAUGCUCAGUAUUAUGGACCUAUAAGCAUUGGAAACCCGCCUCAAAAAUUCAAAGUAGUUUUUGAUACAGGAUCUUCAAAUUUGUGGGUUCCAUCUUCGCAGUGUCACUUUACCAACAUUGCUUGCUUGUUGCACAACAAAUAUGACUCCUCAAAAUCUUCUUCGUACCAGAAGAAUGGUACAAAGUUUGCUAUCCAGUACGGGUCGGGGAGUCUCAGCGGAUUUUUAUCAACUGACGUUGUUACGAUAGGGGGUCUCCAGGUGAAAAAGCAAACGUUCGCUGAAGCGUUGAGCGAACCUGGUCUGGCUUUCGUAGCUGCCAAGUUUGACGGUAUCCUGGGCAUGGCCUACAGCAGGAUAUCUGUUGAUGGAGUGAAACCAGUUUUUUACCAAAUGGUUGAUCAGGGGCUUGUUCCUCAACCCAUUUUCUCGUUCUACUUGAACAGGGAUGCUGAUGCCAAUGAAGGAGGGGAGCUUAUAUUGGGGGGUUCAGAUCCAGAACAUUACAAAGGUGAGUUCACGUACCUCCCGGUCGACCGGCAAGCGUAUUGGCAGUUCCAAAUGGACAAAAUACUGAUUGGCUCGAAGUCUUUUUGUGAUGGUGGUUGCGAAGCUAUUGCUGAUACUGGUACCAGCUUGAUAGCGGGUCCUCUGAAAGAAACUACGUCCAUCAAUCAGGCCAUUGGUGCCACACCCAUCAUGGGAGGUGAAUACAUGGUAGACUGUCAGCUGAUUCCAAAGUUGCCAAAAAUUGAUUUCAUAUUGGGAGGAAAAAAUUUCACUUUGGAUGGAAAAGAUUACGUGUUGAGGGUGUCUCAAGCAGGUAAAACUAUCUGCCUAUCUGGAUUCAUGGGUAUUGAUAUUCCACCACCAAAUGGUCCGUUGUGGAUUUUGGGUGACGUUUUCAUCGGUAAAUUCUACACCGAAUUCGACUUGGGCAACAACCGUGUUGGCUUUGCCGAAGCUGCCGCUCAAUAUUAUGGACCAAUAACCAUUGGAACACCUGGACAGACGUUCAAUGUUAUUUUUGAUACUGGGUCCUCAAAUUUAUGGGUCCCUUCUGAAAAGUGCGGUCUAUUCGAGUUUGCUUGUAGAUUCCAUAACAGGUACGAUUCAAAAAAUUCUUCAACCUACGAAGAAGAUAAUCGAGAAUUCAAUAUUUCUUACGGAUCUGGCGCUCUCAAAGGAUUUUUAUCUACUGACACUGUUGAGGUUGCAGGUCUCUCAGUUGAAGGUCAAACUUUUGCUGAAGUCACCAAUGAACCUGGUCUGGCCUUCUUGACUGGUAAAUUCGAUGGAAUUUUGGGAAUGGCAUACGAUACAAUAUCCGUCAGGAAAGUACGCCCUUUCUUCUACAACCUUGUGGAUAAAAAAUUGGUAGCACAACCCGUCUUCUCAUUCUACUUGAACAGGGGUCCUAUGGCCAUAUUCGGUGGAGAGCUUAUUCUUGGUGGUUCAGAUCCUGAAUUAUACAAAGGAAACUUCACUUACGUACCUGUCACACGACAAGGGUACUGGCAAAUCAAAAUGGAUUAUUUGAGCUUAUAUGGUUUACUGUUUUGUCAUAGCAAUUGUCAAGCCAUAGUCGAUACCGGUACCAGUUUGAUUAUCGGACCAAAAAAAGAUAUUCAGGAUAUCCAUCAGAUGAUGGUAGCAAAACCAACUACUGGAGGCCAAUACGUAGUGAAUUGCAGAUAUAUAUCAACGUUACCUCAUGUAAAAUUCGUCAUAGGAGGAAAAACUUUCACGUUGGAACCAUCAGAAUAUAUUUUGAAAGUUAUUUCAGGAUACACAACCCAAUGCUUCUCUCCCUUCAUGGGAAUGGACAUUGAACCUCCAGUUGGUCCUCUGUGGAUUUUGGGAGACGUUUUCAUCAGAAAAUACUACACAGAAUUCGAUUUGGGAAAUAACAGAAUAGGCUUAGCAACUGCCGUUUGAAAAUCUAUUUGUUGUUUAUAAUAUUUAUUAAAUUGGAGAUAUAA